UUUACUGCUCUGCCUUCUUCGGGUAUCUUGUUUGACCCCUUUCUUUCGACUUUACACCAAAGGAUGCGAAACAAUGCACCUUAUUUAUAGUUACUUAAGCUCUUCUAGGGCCGACAGGACAAAGCUAUCCAAAUGAAAGUUUUAAAAGAGAGCCGAACAAAACAUUAAGAGAAUGACGACUGGUACGACGACUGGUUCUGCUUUAUCUAGAUCUGUUCUUAACUCCCAAGAUGCCCGAUGAUUUGGUUGCUCGACCUAUAAUCUGUAAAAUUAACGAAACCAAGUAGAAACAGGAACCUAAGUCUUCAGAAUUGUUUAGUUGAUUUAAACCUACCUGCUUAGAUUAUCAAAAUGUCUCAUCGCCGCCCGUGCAACUGCAAACACUGCCAGUGUCGCAGCCACGCCCAAGAGCCCGACUACUAUUACAACUCCGAUCUCAAGCCAAGCGCUCGAAGCCCGUCACCGACACCGACACUCUGUCUCGUCUGCGAACGCGUCGAGCUCUGGGGCAAAAACGACCCGACAUAUCGCGGCUGCAAGUGCACGUGUAAGUGCAAGUUGGAGCGUGAGGACGGUUCGUCGCUCUGUGGAGAUUGUGGAGAGCAGAAUAGGUUGAACCCGCGUCGGCAUAGAGCGCAUGGAGGAGCGGGCAGAAAGAAUCGAGUGGUUUAAAUCUUUUCGUUGGAAGGUUUAGAAAGAAGGAAAAUAUAUAUGAGAAGAUUAAGUGUAUCCGAUCAGAUCCCGUUUCAGUCCUUAAAGCUGUGUAUUGUAUGAAUACUUACCUACCUCCUGUUAACAUGGCUUGGCAAAAAUGCUCCUAUCAGCCCCUUUUCAGACUAACAAACCAAAUGUUCGGUGAGAUGGAAACACUCGUUUGUCGCAAGAUAGAGACGACCUCUAAUAACGUAAUUGCGGGCAAAUUGUCGAGCAUGUAAACCUAAAGAGCGAAACUGCUGUUGUCGAU